UUUACGAGCUCACGAAGCAGAGAGGUGCCCACGGACAGACCGCGUGCGGCUGUAGUCACCGCGCAGUGUCGUCGCCGCCACCGUCAUGAUUGCAGUAUCGUCCACGUACUUUUGGUCAAUGCUCGUUUUCUCGAUGGUCCACAACACCAAAGAAAUAUUAUUCAGUGAUACGCCUAAAUUCAGCGAUCGCAUGGACAACUUAACAGUAACCGUCGGCCGAGAUGCGAUCCUCGAAUGCGUCGUAGAAUCACUGUCGACAUACAAGGUCGCCUGGCUGAGAGUGGAUACACAAACGAUACUGUCCAUACAGACACUCGUGGUGACGAAAAACGACCGAAUGGAGGUAACGCACACAGACUACAGGGUGUGGAGGCUGCAUAUUAGAAGCGUACGGCAGAGUGACCGUGGGUUUUACAUGUGUCAGAUAAACACGGACCCUAUGAAGAAUCAAAUCGCGUAUCUUGACGUAGUCGUUCCUCCAGAUAUUUUAGACUAUCCAACCAGUUCAGACAUGGUAGUGCACGAAGGAAGUAACGUCACAUUACAGUGUGCCGCUACAGGAUACCCAAGUCCAACAAUAACAUGGCGAAGAGAAGACAACCAUAACAUCGUGAUUUCUAACACGUUAACUGGUAAAUUAAAACUAUUAUACAAACAUUUCGCUCCCAUGGUUUGGAUUCAAAAUCAACUAGUUGGUGCUUUUGUGGGAGAUCGAUUGUCAAUAGAAUGUCACGUCGAGGCAUUCCCGAAGUCCAUAAAUUAUUGGUCGUCAGAAAACGGAAACUUACUGACUCAAGGAGAUAAUUACGAUACAACGUUAAAAGAAAUCAAUUAUAAAACAGAAAUGAGAUUAACUAUUAAUCAAGUAAAAGAAGAACAUUUCGGCACGUACCAUUGUGUUUCAAAAAACUCUUUAGGUGCAACAGACGGGACUAUCAAAGUUUAUAAGUUACCAGGAAAAAACUGGAACAAUAAUUAUCAGACCUCCGUGACAGCUUCAAAUAACGGCCUGCAGCAUAUAACAGGGUCCACGUCAAACAGAGAAGGUAAAAAUAACUGUGUGCCAAUUAAUCCUGAGCCUGUUGUAAUUUUUUAUUGCAUUGUCUUAUGCGGAAUACUGUUAUCCAAAUCAUCAUGAGCGUUUAUCAGAAUGAUACGUUAUUAUUAAUGAAAAACAGGGUACCAUAAGCAUGUAAAAUAUAUAGGUAUAUAUUAGUUAUGGUAUAGUUAAAUCAGCCGUCAAUAUUGUGUUGACUAUAUGCAUAAUUUUGUAUAAGGUAAAUAUAACAAUAUUAUGGUAUGAUGGUACAUUAGUCUAAUAUUAUUAGAUAUAACGAUGAUGAAUUGUCAACAGAGAACGUCUUAAAUUAUAUUUGACAAUAUUAGUGGAUUACUAUAGGCAUAAUAGGAUAAGACGUGUUUGAACAAAAAAACCAAUUUUUUCGUAUAUUAUAUGUAAAUAAAUUGUCAAGUAAUUAGGUACCUAUUAAAAUUAUAUAAACAAUCUCAACGGGACUAACGUGAUUUGUGUUAACUUAAAAAUGUUUUGUUUAAAUAUUGUUAUCUGUAAACAAAAUGUAUCUGUACCUCCAGCCUAGGUAAAUAUAAGAUGUUCAAAAUAAUUUUUGGAUAGAUACCUUCGCUAUCGAGUUUAAUUCCUUAUCUCACAAAUCAUAAGUUUUGUGUAUUAUAUUUGUAUGUAUUCGUGUAUCUAUAAGUAUUUCGUAAGAAUUACCUACAUAUUGUUUUUAGUUGUCUUAAUUGUUACUAAAUAGACAUGACCAAAUAUAUCAUUAUCAAUAAUAGGUAUGAUGUAAUUACGUAAAAUGUCCAUCGUGCUAAACCAUUUCAAUGAGCUCCUGAUAAAASUAUACGUACCUAUACCUACCUAUUUAUUUAAUAACAUUAAUAUUUGAUGUUUUUUUAUGUGUACAAAAUUAGUCUUGAAUCUUUUUUUUCCUUUAAUAUUAUUGUUAUAUAUUAAAAUAUCAUAAAUGUUA